ACCGGGCGUUCCCGCCCAGAUAGCACAGGACGUCCUAUGGACGUCCGUUUCCGGUCCAUUUUACGUCCGCACGUCCAUGGACAUGAAAUGGACGUCCAUCGUAUGUCCAAUUUUGGACGUCCAUUAAUGGUCCAUUUUUAAACGUCCAUAGGACAUUCGAUCUCGGCAUUAAUCGGGAAGUGCGUCAUUAGCGUGCAGCCAAAUGACUAUGAACGUUAAGUGCAUGAUUCUUUACCUAUAUCCUUUUGUCAAGUAAGCCAAGUCUAGUACUCAUGUCUGUUACAUGACUGUGGCUUUAUUCUGAUAUGCAUUUUGCUAGUACUGAAAAUCUAUAAUUUACGUUUAUAUUUUAUAGACUUUUAGUACAGGCAUUGUAUUUCGGAACACGGGCUGAAUUUACUCUUUCAUAGUCGCGCAUGCGCAAGAAAAACCGGCCCUUGAUCAUCACUGGUCUCAUAGAAAAGUUCUAUGACUGGUCUCGCCAGUAUCGUCUCAUCGAGAAAUCGGCAACCGCCUUUGUGCUUGUGACUUAAUCGUGUUCUAAAUUUCGUUCUACGUUUUUUUGAUAGCAAUUUUCCAUUUAUUGUUAUAAAACAGCGAACAUUUCAGCAUUUUACAAUCUAGGCUGCUCGUGAAUUCCGGAUCUCUCUACGUGCAACUUCUUCGGAUCUUAAUUGAAGAGAAUUACAUGGAUUGAAAUAGAUUUUCAUGGCUAAGAAGAUCAACACUUGACGCAAAAUGGCCAAACCGACGUGGACAAUUAUUAAAUUUACAGCAGAUAACACUGUUGAAGCAGUACCAUCAACUUGGAUAGAACAUAGCAAAUGUUAUUGGCCUCCAUUUAAAUAUGAACAAAUUAUCGCUGCAAUUAAAAAAAACGUAGAACGAAAUACAUGUUGGCCAUCUUAUGAUAUCAUUACGUUUCGGAACAGCACAUAUGAUGACUAUAAUGUGGCAAGACAAAAAACAAAAAAGGCUGAAUGUACAUCCGAUUUAAACUCAGAAGUUGAGGAUACAAAAAGAAAAAGGACAAGAAAUCCGUUGUUUGUGAGUGACACCUGCAGUGAUAGCGAUCAGGAAAACAACGCUCCGACAAAACAGAAACACGUUAAAGAAUCUAUUAAUAUUAAGAAGAGUUUAAACGUAAGCACGAAUGGAGUAACCGGACAAAAUUUAAUUACCAAAGUUAGCGAACAAACACCAAGUACAUCAACGUGUAAUUUACUAAAUAGCAAUUAUGAUGUAUGCGACACACAGAUAAAUUUGAAUAAUGUUUUCCCCGCAACCACUCCAGAUGAUGGCUGUAAUGCAAACUAUUUCAAAGAAAUUAUUCGCCAGCAAGGCUACUUUCGAACUCAGUUGUGGCAGAUAGUAGACGAUUUGAGAGAAAUGAAAAAUGUCAUAACCGGUUUAAAUCUGCGGCAAGAUCAGGAUAACAACCAAUAGCAGGAUAUAAGAUCUAUUUAUUCUUCUUUUGAUCUACCGUUAAAAACUGUAGAAAAUAUUGAGACCGUGGAGCAAUUUUUAAGAACUGAAGAGAACUUUAAACGCUCGACUACCGAAACAUGUAAAAUAGGAGGCACCUCUCCUUACAAUUUUAUCAAACGAAGUUUGUGCCGAUUGAUUACUAAUGAACUUGCACAACAAUAUAGUUGGUUAGGUGCUAAACUCAAAAAAAAAUUUUGUAAUCUUCGAAUUACGAAAAUGUUAUUAGCUGCAGGUGCUGAAUAUUCUAAUUCGACGUACAGUGAAAUAGAACUAGAGAAGGCCAUACAGAAAUGGUUAAAAAGGGCUAAAGAACGAUAUGACGCUGAAAGAAAAAAACUUGAAGCACAUGAAAAUCGCCGAUUGUUGUAGACAUUGUAACAUUUCUUACAAUUUCUAGAACCAUAGAAAAUCUGCUGGAGUUAAUACAAGGGGAAUCAAAAUUCUUUCAGAAGUGAUAGCGGACAACGUACAAUUGCAGUGAAACUACUUUCACUUUAUAGAUAUUAAUAUAAAUAUAAGUGAUUUCUAAACACCACUUAUAGUUUCAAUCCAAAGUUAUCCAAAGUUAUAAGUCCACUUAUAGUUUCAUUCAAUUACGAAAUAACGUAAGAAGACUGAUUUGCUCUUAUUUUUGUUACUUAUAUAACUUAUACAUACAUACAUAUAUUUAUACAUGCGCGCGUGUGUAAGGUAAGGUUGCCGAAAUUGCACCACUUUUGAAAUAACUAAAUUAUAAUAAAUAUAUAUUUUUAAGUUCUAUUUGUUAAGUUUUAUUAAGUUGAAUUUUUAGGCGAUGUGGUGUGAUUCAGGAGCCGGUGCGGCAACCUUCCCCUAUAUGUAUUUAUAAAUUUCUACAACUAGUUAUGCUACGACGCAUAGAAAAAUAUUAAACUCGUUAAGAAAGUGCAAAGAUUUUAUUCUGAUAUUUUAUAAAUAGUAAAGAUAAAAAGAUUAAAAGGUUGUGAACGUUGUUUAUUUUGUAAAAGAUCGCACUGCGCAUAUCUUAAUGUUACGUUCGUUUUUAUUUUUUAUUUCGCAUAUGUAUAAUCAAAUAACGAAAUAUAAUUUCUGCAGUUAAACCAUGUGCAAACUCAAUUGAGUGAAAGACUGUCCAUUAUUACAUUAAAAAUUUGUGUGUACAGUUAUAUAAUAUGUAUAU